AAUGCAAGUUUGCACUUUUUGCGAGAGAGGAAAAAAACUUCGAAGACUUAUCGGAGAUGAAGUGGGUGACUGCGCUAAUAGCGCUUUCGCUUUUAUCUUUGUUCUUAAAUGUUACAAACAGUGCUAACCUGGAAGAAACUCUCAGUCAAGUUAGUGGGGAGCUAAGACAGAAUGAUUUCAACCAGCACAAGAUGAUGAUAACUGUAAAAUGGGACAACAAGCAGGUUGCAGUUAAGAUUCAAAUUCCGUCCAUGGAUCUUGAACUGAUGUUGAUUUACGAAAUAGCUUCCAUUGAUGUCCAAGGCAAAUCUGAUGGGUACGACAGACCUAAACUUUCAAAGGUCUUCAAGUGCAAGAAAAUCCCCCAGUAUCUUGGAAACACGACAUGCUUUGACUAUGAUGCUUUCGAGACUACAAACCCUGGAUUGAUAUCCCGGAUGUGGAACUUUACAGUGACAGUAAUGACCCAUGUGCAAGACGUUGCGGUGGAUUUGACGUCGGGGAUGUGGAAGAAAUGCAUUGUGGUCUUAAAGGCAUUAACCAGGAAAGUGUCCAAUGGACUUGGGUACGUCUGGAUUGGAAUGGUUAAUUGGACUCGGGGAAAAGUCGCAUGGUUUUCAGACUUGACGUGGAACGGAGCAGAGUGGCUUGGAAAAUUAUUGUGGAACUGCGCUGGGUUAAUCUGGAAUGGACUUUAUUGGUUGGCUGAUUUGAUCUGGAAUGGACUUAAAUGGUUGGUGGAUUUUGCCAUAACUGCGUCAUAUUCGUUGUCUGAUAUGGUUCAAAAUAAGGCAGCUGAGCUUGCCAAGAUGAUGGUUUACGGAGUGAUGUUGAUUGUUGAGCUAUUUGUUCCUGUCGUCCACUAUAUCACGGAUUUUGUUGUUGAGUUUUAUUUCGGUUUCCUGCAUGAACAUGUGAAACAUAUUCAAGCUCGCUUUGAUUUCGUGUCCUGGCAAGAUGGCGUCUAUGCUGUCUUCGCUGGUUUGGUUGUCAAUGUUGCUCUUUUGGUUGCUGGUUUUCUCGCAUACCGGUUAUGUGUGCGAACUGUGAAAUUCAUCGGACGGAAAUGGCAAGAGUACAAGGACAGAAGGGCUGCUGCCAAUAUGCCACCUAAAUCAAACAAACCAAUUUGGCAGCCAAAGCGAAAGCAUAAGAAAAAGAAAAGAAUUGACGAUUGGUAGUCGCCAGUCAAGUUUACUUUGUUUUGCUGCAUGAAAAACACAGACUUUUUGAAUCCGUUGACUCAGUGAAAAUCAGCCUGUUGGUUUUUGUUAAUUGUUUAAAGCAGUUUUGAAA